CCGCUUCCGCUUCGUCUUGACGCACUUAAUGUGUUUGAUUUGUGCACUUGACAGUUUAUAGUUUCUGUAAUCUUGUUCAUUAGUAGAUUUAGGUGAAGUAAAUCUUACGAUAUAUUUGAAUGCAGUGGAUAGUUUCGUGUUUAAUUUUCCGGGUAGCACAAGUGAAAACACUAAUAACCUUGGUAUACAUGUGAGCCUCCAUCAUCCAGAGCAGAAAUGGCAGGAUUGGGUCGAGUCCUCAUGUCUGUCAGUGCUUUGGCAAAGAAUGUGUCAGAAGCUACUACACUUCCAGUAUACAUGGUGUGCCGGAGCAAAUUUACAAGAUCUCGCAUUCCUCCUCAGGUAUUUGAAGAGUGUUCUAAGGAACAUGAAAUCUAUGGAGGUGAUCCAGAGCAACCACAUAAACUCCACAUUGUGACUCGGGUCAAGAGCACAAAGGGGCGACCUUACUGGGAGAAAAAGGUGGUGAAGAGUUUGGGUUUACUGAAGUCUCAUGAGCCCAGACUACAUAAGAACACACCUUCAGUGAAUAACCAACUGAAAAUUAUUAAACACCUGGUUAGGAUCCAACCCUUGAAACUUCCUAAUGGACUACCUUCAGAAGGAGAAAUGGCAGGUUCAUAUCUGAACAGUAAAGGAGAGCUGGUCAUAAAGCAUCAAAUGUCAGCAACACAAAAAUCUGUAGAGUCUUAAGUCUUCUACUUUACUCUCAUCUUGUUUAAUAAACAUUAAAAAACUGA